AUGGAGGCUGUUGCCACUGAAGAAGGCUGGCUUACGACUCCAGACAACGCUAAGUUAUACACAAAACACUGGCGAUCCAACACUGCGCAACCUAGAGCACGAUUAGUCUUCAUCCAUGGCUUCUCGGACCAUUGCAACUUCUAUGGUAUCCUGUUCCCUUCACUAGCUUGCCAAGGCGUCAUAGUGCACUCUUUUGAUCAGCGUGGAUGGGGACGCAGCGUCCACGACCCUGCGCAGAAGGGUCGCUCAGGCCCGACCAAGCAGGUUCUCGAAGACAUUACUACGUUUAUCAACAGUCUGCCCACGGCUGACGCUAGCGUGCCGUUGUUCCUUAUGGGACACAGCAUGGGCGGUGCUGAAGUGCUGCACUAUGCUGCUGCAGGACCGAGGGAUAUAGUCAGCAGCAUUCGAGGCUUCUUGGUUGAGAGUCCCUUUAUUGCAUUGUCCCCUGCUGCCAGACCCUGGACAGGUACCGUAGUUCUUGGACGUAUGGCCGCCCGAGUCCUCCCGCACCAGCAGAUGGUGCAGAAGCUUGAUGCCAAGAAGACAUGCCGUGACCCGGAUGUGUGCAAGCAGUUCGAUAACGACCCCUUGUGUCACGAUACUGGCACUCUGGAAGGCCUAGCGGGUAUGCUUGAUCGUGCUCUUGCGUUGGAAGAAGGGAACGUCACGCUUACGGAAGGUUUGGGGGAUGGUGGCAAGACGAGACUCUGGCUCGGUCACGGAAGCGGCGAUGCAAUCUGCGACUUUAACGCAUCUCGAAAGUGGUUCGAGAGCGUGGCGAUCGAAGACAAGGAGAUGCGGGUCUAUGAAGGAUGGUACCAUAAGCUGCAUGCGGAGCCAGGCGAAGACAAGGUCAGGUUCGCAAACGACGUUGCCAAAUGGAUUCUGGAUCACAGUGAGCCAUCCAGAGGGGCCGACGGAGCUGACCAGAGGGCGAAGUUGUAG